AUGUCCAGCACAUAUUUGAAUUCGUCUCCUUUCGAUAAGGGGGCGCUGCGACCGUUGAGAAGUCGACAGCUAGCUACAAUGCCUUGUUACGUGGGCGCAAAUUACACAAGUGACGAAACCUGCAGUCUGUGCUUGGAGGAAUUCAGUUCCGUAUCGAUCUUUCGGCGAUUACCAUGCGAGCAUUAUUUCCAUCAGCCAUGUAUUGAUAAAUGGGUGUGCAAGCGAGAUGCGAGCUGUCCACUUUGUCGAAAAACCUUCUAUGAUUUAUGCUCGACAGCUUCCGUCCCCACGCCCACGACCGCUCCCAGUUCGGAUGACGACAAUGCUACGCACAUGUCACGGCCUGCCUUCGUUCACUUCGUUCACCGGUGGAAAGGAGUUUUUCAUUUAUCUAGUGUUUCAUUUCGACGAUAUGCUUAA